AUGGUGCUUUGUCCUCCUCUUGGUGAAAGAAGUUCAGUUCCCGUAUCAUCUUCAUCAAUUGAGCUCUACAUCGACAUCAAAGGUGGAAGAAGUGGCGUGAAACCCAUUGUAGUGGCGAGACGGAAGAGGGCGGGAAGUGAAAUAGUUUUUUAUAAUGGAGAAGAGAAUGUGGAUGGGGAAUUGCAGAUCAGUGAAAUGGAAGAAAUAGAACAACUAUAUGGAGAAAAUAAUUUUGAACCACGAACGUUUGCAGGACCGGAUUUGGCAGAUUAUGAGGACCCAACUGUGUUGGAUGAGGAAGGAGAGGGAAUUUUUUCAAAGUACAGAAUCUUUGAAAACCCACUAGAAUUGAGUAAGAACACCCUAAUAGGCCAUGUUUUUGAGACACUGGACCUUGCAGAGGAAUUUAUAUAUGCAUAUGGAAGAGUGAUUGGAUUUAGCAUUCGAAAAGGUCACAUGAGGAAGAAUAGCGAUGGCCAGAUUCGCGAGCGAGAGUGGGUGUGCUCUAGGGAAGGGUCUAGGUUAGAGGCAAAUUUAAAUAGGCAGGAUAAAAAAAUGGAACCGGAGAAAAUUACCAGAGUCCAUUGUAAGGUUGCAUUCCGGGUUAAUCUGAUUAAGUGUAGUGGUAAAUGGAUUUGCAAGGAGUUCUUAACAGAACACUCACAUCCGGUCACCAUCGAUGACCACAAGCAGUUUCUACGGUCCAACAGGUUUAUGUCACCUGGUGAUCUUCAGCAGGCAAAGUCAAUGAAGGAUGCAUGUGUUAGAACAUGCCACAUAAUGUCGUACAUGGCCGAAAAGGUGGGGGGUUAUCAUAAAUUGUCGUUCACGGUGAAAGACCUGUACAAUCGUAUGUCUGCUGCAACAAAUGUGCAGUUUGCAGGAUCGGACGCGGGUCGUGUUGUCGGGUAUCUAGAGCAUAAAGUUGAUCACGACCCGAGAUUUUAUGGAAUAUUCUCGUACGACAACAAAAGACGACUUUUGAACUUGUUUUGGGCGGAUGGGAAGUCAAGAUUGGACUAUGAGAUGUAUGGACAUGCAAUCGCAUUUGACUCAACAUAUAAGACCAAUAGUUAUGGCAAACCGUUACUUGUAUGGGUGGGAGUCAACAACCAUUUCAGGACUACCAUACUAGGCCUUGCAAUUCUCGCAAACGAGUCUGCAAGCAUCUACAUGUGGGCGACACGAGCCUUUUUAGAAUGUAUGGAUGAGCCUCAACCCAAAACAGUUGUCACCGAUGGCGAUGAGGCGAUUGCAACAGCAAUAGAGGCUUUGAUCCCAAAUGCAACCCACCGCCUUUGUUAUUGGCAUAUGCACAACAAAGCUGUUAAGAAGGUGAAAGACUCAAGUUUCAGCGAAAGCCUAACAAAGCUGGUGUUCAAGUAUUAUGAUGUUGACGAGUUUGAGGAGAAAUUCAGUGAAGUUAUGAUACAGUAUGGGUUGCAAGGAAAGAAGUAUGGUGCUAAAUUGUACAAUACAAGACAUAAAUGGGCAGAGACCUACUUGAGAGGGAACUUUUUCUGUGGCAUGUCAACCACCCAACGUAACGAAGGUAUUAAUGCCGUUCUGAAGAAAAAAUUGAACUACAAGUUGAAGCUAUAUGAAUUUGUUAGGGCCCUUGACAUGGCCCUUUCAUGGGUUAGGCAUCGCGAAGCAACCGAUGAUUAUGAGUCACUGCACACAUCACCACAAUUAGGAGUGACGAACUUACCAGUUAUGGAGGAAGAACUUUCAAGGAUAUAUACAAGGAAUAUGUUUUUUAAGGUUAGACGACAAAUGUCAAAGGAAGGCCACUACACUGUACUCACAAAAACCAUAAUGGAGGGUGCUAUAAUGAUGAAACUACACAAGUUUCGUCGGGGACCAAGCCGAGCAGUCUAUGCAACUUUCGCUCAUGACUUUUUUGUCUGUGAAUGCCAAUAUUUUCUUACGUUUGGGAUACCAUGUAGGCAUAUGUUUGCCGUAAUGAAGCACCUAGACAUGGGGCACAUGCCAAAGUCACUUAUUGUGACGCAGUGGACAAUUGAAGCUCGGUCAGGAGAGAGUUCAAUGUGGAAUGAUAGUUGUAUUCAUAUUGAUAAAACCACCCUCCAAAAGGCUAGGUUUGGACAAAUAAGUAAUCGAAUGAAUGAGGUUGCCUUCCUCGCGAGUAGGACCAACUAUGCACAUCGUAUUGCUACACUCGAAAUUGAUCGAAUUUGUGCAACAUUGAAAGAAGCUUUAGUGAUUGGUGGAGAUAGUUGCACGUCCAACCUCCCUAUGCAUAGGGCGUCCCAGUUCAUUGUGCAAGACCCAGAAUUCACCAAAUCUAAGGGGACUGGGAGAAUAGCAGGAACAAGAAAUAGUGUCGGUAGGAAAUGUAGUUUAUGCAAGAAGGCUGGUCACAACAAGUUAACAUGCUUCAAAAGACUGAAGGGAAAGGAACAGUGUGUCUAUUCCGAAGAUUCCGAAAAUGAAGAAGAUGACGAAUAUGCAAAUCAUGAAGAGGGCGGUCAUCAAUUGACAGAAAACAAAACAUUCAAUUUUGAAGAAGAUGAAGUGGGAGGCAGUCAAGGAAGAGAGUUUGACUUCAAAGCUUAG